AUGAGCUCUGGCUCCGCCCAGGAUGUGGCAGUCGAGCAUUUCCUGCGGGACAUAGAGAGGCGGGGCAAGCGGCUACACUGCGCUGUGAUUGGCUGCGGCGAGGAGCGACCGCACGGCGACAUGAACCUGCUGUACCGCAAGAGCCGGCUGGACUGGAGGCAGCGGGAGCAGCAGGAGGGGAGCAGCAAGAAGAGCGCUGCGCAGAAUGACCCCUCUGCCACGGUGGGCAAAGGUCGCGACCUGGCCUCCUUCCGCCGCCACUUCCGCAUGGGGUUCAUGACCAUGCCGGCGUCGCAGGACCUCUCGCCGCACUCCUGCGCGUCGGCCAUGGCGCCGCGCUCGCAGUCGUGCCACGCGGUGGGCGCCGGGGACCCGGGCCUGGAGAGCGAGGACUACUCGGACACGCAGUCGCAGCACGGCGCCCGCUGCCCGCCCGUCAAGCCCAAGCGCCACCCCAGCACGCGGCUCAGCGCCUCGGGCUCCGCCUCCUCCUGCGGCGCCUCGGACCCCCGGGGGCCCCCCAACGCCCCGCCCCCGCCACCGCCGGGGGGCCACACGCAGGGCAAGCACUCGGAGAAGAAGAACGGCAUGAAGAAGUCGGACUCGGGGGAGCUGGGCGGGAAGAAGGUGCCCCCGCUGAAGCCCAAGCGGAGCCCCAGCACCCAGCUGACCUUCGAGACCCCGCCCCCUCGGGCGCCGUCGGCCGCCGGCUCCUCCUACCAGGGCGCCGACGGCCAGCAGCGGGGCGGCGACAGCGAGGACGAGCCCGUCUACAUCGAGAUGGUGGGCAAGGUGUUCCCCCGGGAGAGCCAGGCGUCCACGCCGCACCCCGCCGCCCCCGCCGCCACCACGCCCGACUCGGACUCGGACCAGAGCGAGGCCAUCUACGAGGAGAUGAAGUACCUGCUGCAGGAGGACCGCGGCGGCCGCGGCGGUGGCGCGGCGGCGGCGGGCCAGCGACGCCCGCCCACCAAGCACGACAAGCUGAAGGGCUCCAAGCACUACCGCGCGGCGGCGGCGGCGGCGGCCGCCUCCAGUAGCGGCUCCCCGGUGCCGCGCGCCACCUCGGCCUCGCCCUCCUGCUCCAAGGCCAAGGCCGCCGUGUCCGCGUCCCACUCCUCGCCGCUGCCCUCCUCGGCGUCCUCCACCCCCGUGCCCCAGGCGCUCUCCUCCAGCCCCCACACCCCCCGGGCGCCCACCCCCUACCUGCUGCCCGGGAACAAGUCGGAGACGGAGUGCGGCGGCGGCGGCGGCGGCGGCGGCGGCACCAAGAUCCCCGCGCCCUUCCCCAACCUGCUGCAGCACCGCCCGCCGCUGCUGGCCUUCCCCCAGCCCGCCGCCGCCUCCAGCGGGGUGGGGGUGCAGCAGAAGGCCUCGGCCUCGGCCAAGCAGGGCACCCAGUCCCUCGGCACCUCCACCCAGCCCUCCUCCUCCUCCUCGUCCUCGUCUGCCGGCCCCUCGGCCGGCCUCGCCGCGUCGGGCUCCAAGGAGUCGUCGGGCGGCAGCUCCGCCCAGCAGGACAAGCACGGCCGGGGCGACGCCCAGCUGGGGCCCGCGCCGGGCCUGAGGGCCAGGAGCCACUCCACGCCGCUGCCGCCCUCGUCCAAGUCCACCUCGCCCUUCUCCCACCACCACCACCACCACCACCACCCCCACCACCGGCCCUCGCACUACCACCACUACCGCAAGCCCGAGCGGGGGGACUCGCCGGCCAUGGUGAAGAGCAGCUCCCAGGGCUCCGGCCAGGGGUCCACGCAGAGCCAGAUGGGGGGCCAGGGCUCGGGCAAGGAGGGCAAGUCGGUCAGCUUCCUCCUCAAGUCGGACAAAGGGGACAGGGAGCGAGACAGGGACCGGGACAGAGACAGGGACCGGGACAGAGACAGAGACCGGGACAGAGACCGGGACCGAGACAGAGACAAAGACAGAGACAGAGAUCGGGACAGGGACAGGGACAGGGACAGGGACAGGGACAGGGACAGGGAUGAGCGAGGAGGCGCGCACUCCCUGGGGGAAGGCACUCCCUCCAGCAGCAGCAUCACGUCUCAGGGCAGCGGCGGCAGCUCCACGCCCACGCCCCUGCGUCCGCACUCGCGGCCCCACCUCCGCUCCCACACCUCCCACGGCCUGCCCGCCUACAAGCCCCCCUCCUCGGACAGCCCCCUCCUGUGGACGUACCCCUCGGUGGGCUUCAGGAGACCCCCGGCCUACGAGAGCCUCCGGGGGCCCUCCAGCAUGCCUCCGCUGCAGCAGGGCCCCGGGGCCUCCGGCGGCGGAGAAGGCUCGUCGAAGGGGAGCGGAGGGUCCGGGUCCCUCCCGGCGAAGGCGGGCUUCAUGCCCUGGGACAGCGGCAGCGGGCUGGCCUUCGGGGACGAGGGCUACUAUUGGCCGGUGCAGAGGAAGCUGUCGUUCAGCCACGGCAGCAGAGACGCAGAGAGGCGCCUGGGUCGCUCCUCCUCGUCCGCGGGAGUGAGACAGUCCAUGGGGGGGGACGUCCAGCGACAGAGCAGCCUGCCGGCGCGGGAAGCCCUGAAUCAGGUGCACGGUCUGCCCCAGCCCCGGGCACCCGGCAGCCCCGCCCCAUCACGGCAGCAGCAGCAGUUCCAGCUCCACCAGCAGCAGCUGCAGCUGCAGCAGCAGCUCCAGCAGCUCCAGCAGCAGCACCACCUCCAGCUGCAGUUCCAGCACCUGGCCCAGCUGGCGCAGGGGCAGCCGCCGUCCGGCGGGGGCGGGGCGGGGUCGUCGGCGCAGACGCAGCGCGACGGCAAGCUGCUGGAGGUGAUCGAACGCAAGCGCUGCCUGUGCAAGGAGAUCAAAGCCCACCGCCGGCCGGACAAGAGCUUGUGCAAGCAGGACAGCAUGCCCAUCCUGCCCAGCUGGAGACGGACACCAGAGCCCCGCAAGAUUGGCACGCCCCCCUGCCAGAGGCCCCAGGCCGUGGUGUGGGACACUGCCAUCUGA